AUGGACAUACUCCCCCGCCGCCUCCUCUUCAUAGCCUCAAUAGGGAAUCCAGCCCCCUACCACAACACCCGACACAGCGCCGGCCACCUCCUCCUCGACGCCUUAAAACCAAUCCUCGAACUCACCCUCCCAAACACAGGCAUCUACCACGAAACAUGGGCGAGUCCAACCCUGAUGAACAUAACAGGCCCGAAGCUCGUACGCCGGCUAGAACAAUGGGCGAGCGAGCGAGCUGGCCGCCUUGAAAGAAUCGCCAGUGUUGCCGCAGCUCGUGCUUCUGCCUCGUCUUCACCAAACCCAAACCUACCCACACAAACUACAUACCCAACAACCCUCGUCAUCCUCCACGACGAACUAUCCAUCGCCCAAGGCAAGGUCCGCGUCAUACACGGUGGCCCUGAGUCGUUCAGUUUGCGCGGUCAUCGCGGUCUCAUGAGUAUCUGUGAAACGCUGCGCAAGAAGGGGUUGUAUCCCCGCUCGUCUGGCGCGAAUAAAAGAGUUACCGGGCCGUUGGCGGAUCUCUCGAUCUUGCGCGUCGGUCUUGGUAUUGGUCGUCCGUCGUCACAUGAUACGGCUGCUGUUUCCGACUAUGUGCUGGGGACUGUUACUGAUAAGGAGCUCAAGGCUUAUCAGGGGGCGGCGAUGUCUGUGGCGCAGACUAUUCGGGAUGAGCUUUUUAGACCUGCGGGGAAGGUUUGA